UCUGGAACUUCCGUUCGCUUUUGCCCUCCCCUCGCUGCUUCUCAGAGCCUGGGUUUGGAUUGCGCGUCCCUGAAGCUGCCAGAGUGCCCUAUGCAUUUUGAAGAGCAACAAAAGAUGAAUAAUUCUCUGGAAUUGGUGUCAUUUGAGGAUGUGGCUGUGGACUUCACCUGGGAGGAGUGGCAGGACUUGAAUGAUGCUCAGAGGACUUUGUACAAGGAUGUGAUGCUGGAGACCUACAGCAGCCUGGUGUCUUUGGGGUACUGCAUUAGUGAACCUGAAGUGAUCCUCAGGUUGGAGAAAGGAGCAGAGCCACGGUUGAUAGAAGAACACCCAAACCAGAGCCUCCCAGAUUUCCAGGUAGUUAAUGACCUAAUUAAAAGCAGCCAAGAAAGUCAUGGUAGAUACUUGUGGCAAGGUGUAAUCCUCAAUGGGAACCGAUCAACUGAGGAGAGAGUUGAUUUAGGAAAAUCAUUUAAUUUGAAUUCAAAGCAUAUUUUAAAUCUGGUUAUAUGUAAUAGAAAUUAUUCAGGAGUGGGCCAUGAGGAGUUUAAUGUAUGUCAGAGUACACUUCUUACAGAGACUGAUGCCAUGCGUGCUGGAGAGAAAUCUGAUAAGCAUAAUAUAAUUGGGAAGUCACAGAGACAUGAUGAGAAUCUAAGUCAGCAUUCCAGGUUUCAGACUGGGCAACAUUUUCAAUUUAGUGGAAAAGGGAAAUUCUCCAACACAGUGCCAAUGAUACGUACAUAUGAGAAUAUGCAUAUGGGCGGGACCACCUGUAAAUAUAAUGAAUAUGGAAAAGCCUGUGAUAAGCCAGCUGCCAUUGCCCAAGAGAUAACUCAGGUAGGAAAGAAUAUUUUUCAAUGUGAUAUAUGUGGGAAAAUGUUCUAUAAAGAGAUUAAACUUUCUCAACAUCAGAUUACACACACAGGAGAGAAACAUGAUAAAUAUGGCAAAGGUCAGAAAUCUUUUAUUACGACAUCACAUGCUACUUCAUAUCAAAGAACAUCUACAGGGAAGAAGCUUUAUCCUUGUAAUGAACAGGAGGAAUUUUUCUAUCAGCAGUCAGACCUUACUGUGCAUCGCAGAAUUCACACAGAGGAAAUGUCCUAUGGAUUUAUUAAGUGUGGCAAUGACUUUGAUGAAAAUUCAUUUCUCAGCUGUCAUCAGAGAAUUCACACAAGUGAAAAAUCAUAUGAAUGUAAUGAAUGUAGAAAAUUUUUCUACCAUAAUUCUGCCCUUACUGUGUUUCAGAGAAUUCACAUAAGUGAGAAUCCAUAUGAGCCUGAAGAAAGUCAAAUUUUCUACAGUAAGUCAAAACUCAAAAAACAUGAGAGAAUUCACAUUGCUGAGAAACCGUUUGAUUGUAACAGAUGUGGAAAAACCUUCUACCAGAAUUCAGACUUCAGCAAGCAUGAAAGAAUUUAUAAGGAAUGUGGAAAAUGUAACCAAAAGUCAAAUCUGAAGACAACUCAGAGAAUUCACACAGGGGAGUCUUCAAAUGAAUGUAAAGAAUGUAGGGAAGCUUUUAGCCAAAAGUCAGCUCUCCAAAGGCAUGAGAGAAUUCACAAAGACCAGAUACCAUAUGAAUGUAAGGAAUGUGGAAAAGCUUAUAACAAAAAGUCAGCCUUCAGCAUGCAUGAAAGAACUCACCCAGCUGAGAAGCCCUACAAAUGUAAUGGAUGUCAAAAAACCUUUAACAAGUCAUACUUCAAGAUGCAUUGGAGUACUCAAAUGGGAAAAAAACAUUAUAAAUGUAAAAAUGGUGGAAAAGUUUUAAACCAAAAGUCACAUCUCAGCAGGCAUGAGAGAACUCACACAGGUGAGAAAACAUAUGAAUGUAAAGAAUGUGGAAAAGCUUUUAACCAAAAGUCCACCCUCACCGUGCAUCAGAGAAUUCACACACAUGAGAAACCGUAUGAAUGUAAAGAAUGUGGAAAAGCUUUUAACCGAAAGUCACAGCUCAGCAUGCAUCAGAGAAUUCACACAGGUGAGAAACCAUAUGAAUGUAAAGAAUGUGGAAAAGCUUUUAGCCAAAAGACAUCCUUCUGGUUUCAUCGGAGAGUUCACACAGGUGAGAAACCAUAUGAAUAUAAAGAAUGUGGAAAAGCUUUUAACCAAAAGUCGAUCCUCAGUAGGCAUCAGAUAAUUCACACAGGUGAGAAACCAUAUGAAUGUAAAGAAUGUGGAAAAGCUUUUAACCGAAAGUUCACCCUCAGCAUGCAUCAGAUAAUUCACACAGGUGAGAAACCAUAUGAAUGUAAAGAAUGUGGAAAAGCUUUUAACCAAAAGUCACACCUCAGCAUGCAUCAGAGAGUUCACACAGGUGAGAAACCAUAUGAAUGUAAAGAAUGUGGGAAAGCUUUAAAGCGAAAGUCAAACCUCAGCAUGCAUCAGAGAAUUCACACAGGUGAGAAGCCAUAUGAAUGUAAAGAAUGUGGAAAAGCUUUUAUCCAAAAGACAUCCUUCUGGUUUCAUCAGAGAGUUCACAUAGGUGAGAAACCAUAUGAAUAUAAAGAAUGUGGAAAAGCUUUUAACCAAAAGUCAAGCCUCAUCAUGCAUCAGGGAACUCACACAGGUGAGAAACCAUAUGAAUGUAAAGAAUGUGGAAAAGCUUUUAACCGAAAGUCGACACUCAGUAGGCAUCAGAGAAUUCACACAGGUGAGAAACCAUAUGAAUGUAAAGAAUGUAGAAAAGCUUUUAGCCAAAAGUCAAACCUCAUCAUGCAUCAGAGAGUUCACACAGGUGAGAAACCAUAUGAAUGUAAAGAAUGUGGGAAAGCUUUUAACCGAAAGUCAAACCUCAGCAUGCAUCAGAGAAUUCACACAGGUGAGAAGCCAUAUGAAUGUAGAGAAUGUGGAAAAGCUUUUAUCCAAAAGUCAAACCUCAUCAUGCAUCAGAGAACUCACACAGGUGAGAAACCACAUGAAUGUAAACAAUGUGGAAAAGCUGUUAAACAACAGGUAUCAUUCAACUUGCAUCAGAGAGUUCACAAGGGUGAGAAACCAUAUGAAUGUAAAGAAUGUGGAAAAGCUUUUAUGUGAAAGUCUAACCUCAGCAUACAUCAGAGAAUUCACACAGGAGACAAACCAUAUGAAUGUAAGCAGUGUGGAAAAAGUUUUAAGCAACAGGCAUCAGAAUUCACACAGUGAGACACCAUUUGAAUGUAAGGAAUAUUGAAAAGCUUUAAACCAAAUGUCAACCUUCAGCAUGCAUUAGAGAAUGCACCUAGGUGAGAAACCCUAUGAAUGUAAUUGAUGUCCAAGAAUGUGUAACUACAAGUCAUACUUCAGGAUAUAUCGGUGUACUCACAAACACAAAAAAUAUUAUGAAUGUAAAGAAUUUGGAAAUGCUUUUAACCAAAAGUCAAUCCUCAGGUGGCAUCAGAAAAUUCAAACUGGUGAGAAGGCCUAGAAAUGUCAUAAAUGUGGAAAAACCUUUAAAAAGAAGUCAUCCAUCUUGGUGCAUCAGAGUACUCACACAGUAAAACUAAAAACCUUUGAAUGUAAAAAACAUGGAAAAAUCCUUUAACUGAAAAAGUCCAACCGUCAGCCUGCAGCAGAGAAUUCAUACAGGUGAGAAGCCCUAUGAAUGGACUGAAUGUGGAAAACUUAAAAAGUCACACUUUAGAAGACAUCAGGAUAUGCACACAGGAAAAAAAUCCUUAUGAAUGGAACAAAUAUGAUGUCUUUUAUUGGAACUCCCUUAAUUGACAUAAAAGAAUUCACACAGGGGAAAAUCACAGUGGAUGUAAUUUGUAUGGGAAAAUAUUGUGCCAGAAGUCACACCCCAAGAUAUAUCAGAUAACCUACAUUAAGGAGACCUGUAAAAAUGUACUUGUUUUCAGGUAUUGGGGAAUGUUUUGAGGAUUCCCUAUUGAUAUAAAAAUUUGCUGAUGCUAGAGUCCCUUCUUCAAAUGGUGCAGUGUUUGUGUCUUAUCAAUUCAUGUCCUGCCAUGUACAUUACUUAAGAUGUUGGGGAAAAUGUGAGUACUCUGUAAAUAGUUGUUAUAGUGUGUUGUUUUUUUUUGUAGAAUUGUUUCCUUUAUUUCAUAAUUGUAUUUUUAAAGAUAUUUGAUAAGUAGUAGGUUGACUAACGCGAUGUGUAAUACUCAUGGAAGGAGGACUGUAAUGAGUGUGACAACAUCUUUUCUCCAAAGUCUCAAGGCUGGCUAUUGUUAGAGCACUGUUGCUUAUAGCAUUGUGCUCAUGACACAGUCAUGCCCCAUCAUUACAAUCAUCCCCAUAGCAGCCACUCACGAAAAAAUAAAUAAAAAUAGAAAAUGAGUCACAUCAUGCAGGAAUUAGAGAAUUUUCACAGUGGAGAAAUUCGGCAUGGAUUAGACUGGCUAUGUGUUUUCUAAAUACAACCACCCUUUUCUCUUGUAUACAUAGCCUGCAAUUUGAGCCUUCUGUGAUUGGGUGGAUGACCAUGUAAUUUGGCUCUGUUCAGUGGAACAUAGAUAUAAGUGAUGAACAUUACUUCCAGGCCAGGCAAUAAAAAAAAAAAUGCCAUGCAGAUUUUCCUGAUUUCUCAUGUUCCCUGUGACUGAAUGAAGAUGACUCCUGGGUGGAGCUGGGGUCCACAGAUGGGAAAAAUCCACCCUAACUUAAAAUAGAAGGAAUUGAAGAAUCCAGAGAUAUUCCCACCUCUAUCCCCAAACCUCCAUUUAUACGUUAUAUAAGAAAUUCUCUUUGUUGAGCCAUUCUGUGUGUGCUUUGUUUGUACAAAACAACCAUCCCACUGCAGCUAAUUGAUUUUACAAACUUUCUGAGCCAUUACCAGUCCUUGUAUAUGGGAAGAGAAUCCUGUGUUGUCACCUUUUAUAACCAAAUCAGUAUAUGGAAAAAUCAAAUUAUGGGGGGAAUCAAUGCAAUAAAUAUGGGACAUCGUAUCAGGCAGGGAUACCUCAUUGAAUAGUUAAAGUUAA